AUGUCUGUUCCAUUUGGUGUUGAUUUAGGUAAUAACAAUACUGUUAUUGCCUGUGCCAAAAAUAGAGGUAUUGAUAUUGUUGUCAAUGAGGUUUCUAACCGUUCAACUCCUUCAUUAGUUGGAUUUGGACCUAAGUCCAGGUACUUGGGAGAAACUGCCAAGAACCAACAAACUUCCAAUAUCAAAAAUACGGUUGAGAAUUUAAAGAGAAUUGUUGGGUUACCUCAUAAUCAUCCUGAUUUCAAGAUUGAACAGGAGUAUUUCACUGUGCCUUUGGUACAAAACAAAACCGACCAUGGGGUUUCUGCUAAAGUCAAAUACUUGGGUAAAGAUCAUGAAUUCACUGCUACUCAAUUAUUAGCCAUGUACUUGGAUAAAAUCAAGGAUACUGCCGUUAAGGAAACCAAGGGUAACGUUAAUGAUAUUUGUUUAUCAGUUCCAGGUUGGUACACUGAGAAACAACGUCGUGCUGCUGCUGAUGCAUGUAAGAUUGCUGGAUUGAACCCAGUCAGAAUUGUCAAUGAAAUGACUGCUGCUGCUGUUGGAUAUGGUGUUUUCAAAGCAGCUGAUUUACCAGAAGAUGAUUACAAAAAAGUGGCAUUUGUUGAUGUUGGACACAGUUCAUAUCAAGUUUCAAUUGCUGCUGUCAAAAGAGGUGAAUUGAAGAUUUUGGGAGCUGCCUAUGAUAAACACUUUGGUGGAAGAAAUUUCGAUUACGCCAUUGCUGAGCAUUUUGCUGAUGAAUUCAAAACCAAGUACAAGAUUGAUGUUAGAGAAAACCCUAAAGCUUAUUACAGAGUAUUGACAGCUGCCGAAAAAUUGAAGAAGGUUUUAAGUGCCAACACACAAGCUCCUUUCAAUAUCGAGAGUGUUAUGAAUGACGUUGACGUUUCAUCAUCAUUGACUAGAGAAGAUUUGGAAAACUUGGUUAAACCAUUGUUGGAAAAGAUUCACAUUCCAAUUGAAACCGCAUUGAAGGAUGCUGGAUUAAAAGCUGAGGAAUUGGAUUCUAUUGAAGUCAUUGGUGGAUCUUCAAGAAUCCCCACUGUUAAAGCCAAGAUCUCUGAAGUUUUUGGUAAGCCAUUGUCGUUUACUUUGAACCAAGAUGAAGCUAUUGCUAAAGGUAAUGCUUAUAUCUGUGCUUGUCAUUCUCCAACUGUUAGAGUCAGACCAUUCAAGUUUGAAGAUUACAACCAAUACACUGUUUCAUACUUUUGGGAUAAAGAAGAUAACGAAGAUGAGGACCACUUGGAAGUAUUUCCUAAAGGGGGAUUGUUCCCAAGUACCAAGAUUAUUACCUUGUACAGAAAAGGACCAUCUUUUGACAUUGAAGCUAAAUACACCAAACCACAAGAAUUACCAAAGGGUACUGAACACUUUAUUGCCAAGUGGAAGAUUGGUAAUGUUGAACCAAGUGCUGGCGAAUCUUCAAUUGCUGUUAAAUUGAAGUUGAGAAAUGAUCCAUCUGGUUUCUACACUAUUGAAUCAGCCCAUACUGUUGAAGAACAAAUUGUUAAGGAAUUGGUUGAACCAAAGGAAGGUGAAGGUGAAUCCAAGGGUGGUGAUGACGAUGAAGAAGAGGAACAAGCUGAACCACAAUAUAAAGAAGUUAAGAAAUUGGUCAAGAAGAAUGAUUGUUCAAUUGAAGUUGACUGUGCAGCCUUACCCGAAGCUCAAUUACAAAAAUUCAUUGAAGAAGAAGGACAAAUGAUUGCUGAAGAUAAAUUGGUUGCUGAUACCGAAGAAAGAAAGAAUCAAUUGGAAGAAUACAUUUAUGAAUUGAGAGGUAAAUUGAGUGAAGAAUACAAGGACUUUGCCAAGAAUGAAGAAGUUGAGAAAUUGACUGGAUUGUUACAAAAGGCUGAAGAUUGGUUGUAUGAUGAUGGAUACGAAUCAACUAAAGCUAAAUACAUUGCCAAAUAUGAAGAAUUGGCUUCAAUUGGUAAUGUCAUUAGAGGUAGAUAUUUGGCCAAGGAACAAGAAAAGAAGGAACAAUUUAGACAAAAACAAGAAGCAGCUCAAGCACAAGCCAUGGCUGAGAAAAUGGCCAAUGCUAGAAAAGAAUCGAAAGGUGGUAAAGAGGGUGAUAAGAAGGAUGCUGAAGGUGAUACCAAGAUGGAUUGA